AGAUUUAGCAUUAGUUAUAGAGUUAUAGAUCUAGUUAUCAUUAGAUCUAGGUCUAAGUAGUAUUACUAUAUAUUACAAGCCUUAGAAAAUAUUAAAUAACACAAAAAGACAAGAAAAAAAGAAAUGUUUGAUUUUGACUUCACUGACCAGUGGGAUGUGGACAAAGCAUCAGACUUGUUAACUUCCUCAUUGUUUGGUACAUCAAGGGACAAACAAAAGCAAGGGAUAGAUGCCAAAGAAAACGUCAGGAAAGAGAUCAAUGUUAGUCUGGAGGCCCCUGACAGUGAUGAUGAACAACUGUCUAAAAAAGAAAGGAAACGGCUAAAGGAGAUGAGAAGAAAACAGAAAAAAUCUGGCCUGAAAGAUAAACAGAGUUUAGAUCCUAAUAGAAUUCCUGAUAAAGCCAAGAAGAAAACUAACACUCAGGAUGGUUUAGACAAACAGAAUAAUGAUAAAAAAAAUUCUACAAGUAAGAAGAAGAAAAAAAAUGUUGGGGUUGCUGUAGAAAGUGAAAUGACUGAGACAGCUGGGAAGAAAAGAAAAAGGUCCUCGUCUUUUGACCAAGAUUCAGGCGCUGCAGCCAAUGCUAAAAAAAAAGCAAAGCUUAGUCAAGAUCAAAGUUUGAGAGAGGUAAAGAAAGGCGGUGGUAAAACUAACUUACACAAUGGUGAGAGCACGCAAAGUAUUAAUGCCAGUGGAACUCUACAAAAUGUUACAGAAGGGAAAAAGAAGAAAAAUCGGAAGAAAAAAAAUACAAGCAAGAAAAACAAAGAAAAGCAGGAAGCUUUAAAAUCUAAAUCCAAACCUUCAUUAGCUGUUAUCAGUAAGGAUGGCAGUGAGCUUGUAACUAAAACUCCAUUGGAAACUUUGUCAGCACCGCUUGAAAAUAGCAAAUUUUUUACCAAAAAAGAAGAAAAUUUUUCAGAGAUUCAUUCAAAUUUGCAGGGUUCAACUGAAUUAUUUGUAAAUAGCAACAGUUCGAAAACAAAAUCCAAACAAAAUAAAAGGCAUAAAAAGAAAAAUGCUAUCGAGCAAGAUAAAAGCUUAUCAUACAAUGUUGUAAAUUCAGAAGACAGCUCAGUAAAAAGUAACACAAAUUACAGCAACAAUUUGAACAUUAUAGACAGUGUAAAAACAGAACCCAAGAAAAAGAAGAAACAAUUAAAAACAAAUAAAGCUAAUUCUGUCAGCCAUGAAGACAAAGCUGUUACACAAAACAAAGAUGGGCCUCUGGUGACUGGUUCAACUACCCUAGCCCACCUAGUCAAUGUAAGUAAGGGUUCUGGUCAAAGUUUUAGUCAAUCAGUUGCUAUGAAUAAUAAACUAGUACCUAAAAAUAGUAAAUUAGCCCCUAAGACCAAUAAAUUCGUGAAUAAUAAUGAAUUAACACCUAAAAAUAAUCAAUUAGCAGCUAAGAAGAAUAAAUUAACGUCUAUAAAUAAAAUCAAGUUAAAAGACGUGAGUGCUGAGGACAAAGAAAAAACCACGCCACAAAAAAACACUGUCUCAUCAAAGUUGAAGAAAAAACAAGAAAUUCUGGCUAAAAUGUUGAAAAAUUCAUUGGAAAAAAAUAAAAUAGAAAAACCUGAGUUCACUUCUAAGAAAGAAAUAAAAAAAACAUUGAAAUCAAGUUUAAAUAUAGGAAUGACGAGUGAGGACAGUAAUAAAUUAGAUGUCAAGCCAGUUGCGCUGGUACAACAACCUACAAUAAAGCCAGGCACACCAGCACAACCUGCUUCCAUGUGGGGUAAGGCAGCAGAGCUGGGUAACCAGGCUAGGGAAAAACUCAAGUCUGCGCGGUUCCGUUACAUCAACGAGCAGCUGUACUCCUGCACUGGCAGAGAUGCCCUUACCAUGUUUAAGGCAGACAGAGAUGCCUUCAGUGUGUACCAUGAAGGCUAUGAAAACCAGGUGAGCAAAUGGCCAGUGAACCCUGUCUCUGUCAUCAUUAAGCAGAUUAAAGACAAGCCUGCUAAUCUAGUCAUAGCAGACUUUGGUUGUGGUGAUGCUAAAAUAGCUCAGAGCAUACCUCACAAAGUCCAUUCCUUUGAUCUGGUUGCUGUCAAUGACAGAGUUACAGCAUGUGAAAUGUCCAAGACUCCACUACCUAAUGAGAGUGUUGACAUUGCUAUUUUCUGUUUAUCUCUGAUGGGCACCAAUAUCAGUGACUACAUACACGAAGCUAAUCGAGUUUUAAAAACAGGAGGUAUCCUGAAAAUUGCAGAAGUUGUUAGCAGGUUUAGUGGUGUUAGCCAGUUCAUUGGCAGUGUUAGUAAACAUGGAUUUUUGCUGCUGAACAAGCGUGACUUGAACCAAAUGUUCUACAUGAUUGACUUUAAGAAAGUUAAAACCGUGAAGAAGUCUGCGUCCGUUGGUCCCAUAACACUGAAGCCUUGUGUGUACAAGAGGAGAUGAUCCAUGCCUACAGACAUUCAUUGUUUUUGUUGAUCAGAUUUUUAAACUUAAUAAAGGAAAAUUUACAUGGGAGAUUGAUUCUUUGUUCUGUAUGUCAUAAAUAAAUCACUUUAAAAUUG